AUGAAGAUUGUCUCUUGGAAUGUUAGGGGUCUCGGGGGGUUAGCGAAGAGGCAGGAGGUCCGUAAGUUGGUGGGGCAUCAGCAACCUUUUUUGUUAUGUAUCCAGGAAACUAAGUUGCAAUCUUGCGUUGAUGCUAUGUGUUCGACUUUAUGGGGUAACUCUCCUCAUGGGUUCUCCUAUCGUCCUUCGGUGGGUGCUUCAGGAGGGCUCUUAACUUUAUGGGACACAGCUGAAGUAGAGGUGUGGUCGUCUGAGAGUUUCAAGAACGUUUUGUGGUGCCAUGGUAUUUUUGUUAGGUCUGGUGAGGAGUUUUAUAUAGCCAAUGUUUAUGCGCCUUGCGAUUCAAGGGCUAAACAGGUUUUGUGGGACUCGUUGUCUGUAAAAAUUCAGGCGUUAGGGAGUGUUAGGGUGUGUAUCUGUGGGGAUUUUAAUGCUGUCAGAUGUGUGGACGAACGUCGUUCAGCCAAUGAUGGGUAUCGAUACUCAAACCAUAUCCCUUUUAACCAUUUUAUUGAUGACAAUUUCUUGAUUGAUCUACCGUUGUGUGGCCGAAAGUACACCUGGUUUAAAGGAGACGGGCGUUCCAUGAGCCGUUUGGACAGAUUUCUGCUGACUGGGGAGUGGUGUUUGACUUGGCCUAAUUGUACGCAGGUAGCCAGGAUGAGAGGACUCUCUGAUCAUUGUCCCUUGGUUCUGGCAGCAGAUGAGGAGGAUUGGGGACCCUGGCCAUUGAGGAUGUUGAAAUGUUGGAAAGAUGUCCCUGGAUACCAUCUUUUUGUGCGUGAAAAGUGGAAUUCCUUUCAGAUUGAUGGUUGGGGAGGUUUUGUGCUUAAAGAGAAGUUUAGAAGGAUUAAGACGGCCUUGAAAGAUUGGCAUUCAUCUCACACUCAGAAUCUGCCAAGCCGGAUCGAGUCUCUUAAGGACCGGUUGGCAGUGUUUGAUGAGAAGGGGGGCGAGGAGGCUCUAUCUGAGUCUGAGUUAGCGGAGUUUUGUGGGGUCUCGUUGGAUAUUCAUUCUCUUUCUCGGUUGAAUGCUAGUAUUUGUUGGCAACAGUCUCGGUCGCGGUGGCUCAAAGAAGGGGAUGCGAAUACUAAGUAUUUUCAUUCAGUUCUUGCGAGCAGGCGGAGGGGUAAUGCUAUAUCGUCGUUGCAGGUGGACGGUACUAUGGUGGAGGGGGUGUCACCCAUUAGGCAUGCGGUUUUUUCUCACUUUGCGUCUCACUUCAAGGCCAUUAAUGUGUAA